CCCGAUUAGGUAUAAACAACAACAGUUUGAAAUUUGCUCAUAAAUUUCGGACGAAAUGAAUGAAUUCAACCACAAAACGGUGUUCGUGUUGGACCAUACGCCGUACUUUGGCAUCUCGUGCGAAUCGCCUAUCGAUUGCGAUUUCAUCAAGAGCAAAGCGCCGAUUCCCCCCAUCAGUAAAAGCCUGUGGACAUGUGCGGUGGAGGCAUCGGUCGAGUACUGCCGGAUUGCGUGGGACCUGUUCCCGUCGGGGAAAUUGAUUCGGUUCGUGGUCAGCGACACGGCGGCGCAUAUUGUGAACACCUGGAACGUUAGCACGCAGAGUUUGACCCACGUCAUGAAUGCCAUGUCGAUGGUUGGGGUUCCGCCGAGGCAGACACAGGCGAAUGAUUAUUCUGUUAUUCACGGGCUGAGGGCGGCCAUCGAAGCGCUGGCCGAGCCUACGGAUUUCCAGAAGGAACAACUGGCCGGGAAGGAGCACGCAGUGUACAAUUUGGGGCGGGUUAUUUGCAUCACAUCGGCGCGUGACGAUGCCAGCAUGAAGAGCUUGGAGGACAUUUUUCGGACCGUGCUGGUACAGCAGAAUACGAUUUCGGCGAAUCACAAGGACUACCUAAACAUUGACCGGUGUCACCUGGUAAUCAUCAAUCUCUACCCGGCCAACAUGGAAUCGAUGGUCAACAAUCGAAGCUUGAUCGACAUUUCACCGAUUCUGAAGUCGGAAAUUCAUUCCAACAAGGCAAACAGGAUCUCCAACAAGCUGACGCAUCUGAUUUUGCCACACUUUGAUCUGGCAAGCACGACGGUGACGGGCAUUCCGAUGAAGGAAGAACAGAACGCCAGUUCUAGCGCAAACUACGACGUGGAGAUAUUCCACGGAAGUAAGGCACAUUCGGUGUUUUUGGGUACGGAGUUGGUACUGCCGCACAGUAUCAAGGACGGGUCGGAUUAUGAAACAGUGACACUGAAGUGGUGCACGCCGAGAAGUUGUGGAUCAUCGGAAAUGCAGCCGUGCCUGGCGCAGUGCCGUGUUACACCCGUGGAUGUAACCUCCCGACCCAGCUCGUGUUUGAUCAACUUCCUCCUCAAUGGCCGGUCCGUACUAUUGGAGAUGCCGAAAAAGUCCGGUGGCAAGAUUACCAGCCAUCUUUUGUCGGCCCACGGUGGAGAAAUCUUCAUCCAUUCGUUGAACACGGCCCGAAGUUGCCUGGAGGAACCGCCUUCCAUCUCCGAAGGUGGAGGAGGCCGGGUCACCGAUUAUCGGAUCAACGACUUCGGUCAACUGAUGCAGAUGCACCGGAUCGUUCCGCUAAAGCCUAUUCCAGAGCGUACGAUGGAUGAGAAUUUGAUGAAGAUGCGAGCGAAAUUAGGCAAAAAUUCUCGGUACUGGCCUCUGACCCUCGGUACCACCAUUCUCUACAACGUGCGGCAGUUUGUAGAACCGAUUCUAGUGCUAACGCACAAGCCAGAACUCACCGAAGAGGACGUCCUCCAGUGUCAGAAAACGAUCUUUCAACUGGCCACCCUAGAAGGGCGCCAGGAGUCCCUGGCCCUACCAAACAUGGGACAUCGCCUAAAAGGCAACAAACGCGAAGAACAGUACCGACUGCUUUGGGCCGAGCUCGAACUCUACGUCAGUAAUAGUGGAACAUCCCCGGGCCACAAAGCGGUCCUAAAGUGCAUCCGGGACUGCCGCAGUCGGGCCCCGAUCGAAAUCUCUGACAAGGACGACGCAGCUGCGGCAGCAGCCGAAGCGCAUCGAGCUUCCGUCAUUCGGGCCACAACGGAUUCGCCAAUGUCCCCGCCGCACACCAUGACGGCGGCAGUGGUGGACAGUUCGGUGGCGGCGCUCCUCGCCGGUUCCAGUCGAAGCGGCAAAAAGCUUCUUGGAAGUGGGACCAAGUCACUGUUCGACAUAUUGGCCACGGCGGAACGAACGCAGAGUCAGAAGCGGAUAGACUUUAGCGGGCGACUGUGCACACCACACGGCCAGGUGGCCAAGUUGUAUCCGAACCUGGGCAUGAAGGAGGAUGCGACUCCACAGGGACGACAACCGGACGUGAAAUGAGUCGAGGUAAUUUUGUUUAACUUUAUUAUUUUUAUGUGAUGAAAGCAUACAAUUAUAAGACGUUCUAAAUCUUAA